CAAACAAGCAGUUAAGAAAAAGAUGCAGAAUGUGCGUGUGCGCGUGUGUGCACUGAUGCUGAAUGAUGAUGAUGAUGAUGAUGAUGAUGCAGCAUUAAAAGUCAAAAAUGUCCACUUCCACUGGAGGGUAGGAGCUGCAGCUGCCGUCAGCCGCAAAUCGAGCACCUUCCCCGGGCGUGGUGUGGCGAGGAGAGCCGCUGCAGUGGAGAUCCAAGGUGUGACGAGCCAUGCCGACUGCGAUCCUGCAGCCUCCCGUGCCGCUGGCGGCGCUCUCCCGCUGGUACCUGUACGCUAUCCACGGCUACUUCUGUGAGGUCAUGUUCACGGCGGCGUGGGAGUUCGCCGUGAACCGCGACUGGAAGUUCCCGGGCGUGACGAGCGUGUGGGCGCUCUUCAUCUACGGCACGUGCAUCCUGACGGUGGAGCGCAUGUACCUGUACCUGCGCGGGCACUGCCACGUGUUGGUGCGCUGCCUCAUCUACACGCUGUGGACGUACAUGUGGGAGCUGAGCACGGGGCUGCUGCUGCGCCAGUUCCACGCCUGCCCCUGGGACUACUCCGCCUUCCGCUACAACUUCCUGGGCCUGAUUACGGCCGAGUACGCGCUGCCGUGGUUCUGCGCCUCCUUCAUCGUGGAGCGCCUGGUCAUCCGCAACACGCUGCGCCUGCGCUUCCAUCAGGGCGCCGACGACGGCUGGGGGCGGAGCUACCUCAGCGGCUUGUUGUCCGGCAAUAACAGCUUCCUCAAAUUGGAGUGAGAACUCCUGCAGGGGGCGGGGACUACCUGGCGACAUCGACGCAAAACCCGCCCCCCCCCCCUCACUUUUCCUGCAUGAAAACAAGGAAAACAUGAAAUCUCUUCAUCAUUGUCAUCAUCAUGACCUCUGACCCCUCACAGGAUUACUCUUCCAAUGACUUGAAGAAAAGGGACAAAACAAUCUUCCUUGCACAUAUUUACUCUUUUUUUAGUAACCUCAAAGCCUGAAAGUGUUCCAUGUGUGUCCAAAAUAAACUUUACAAAAACAUUCUGCAGAAAAUGCAAAGAAAAAAAAAUAAAAUCUACAAAACCCAAAACUAGUGAAGUUAGCACGUAGUGUAAAUGGUAAAUAAAAACAGUUGAGCUCAUAGGACUAGUUAGUACAAUCCCUCAGAUUGAUCAGCACUUAGUGUGGACAGGGGGGGUUAGGGGCAAAAGCUUCGUUGGGGUCUUCAGGUGGGCACCCCCCUUCAUUGGUGUUUUGUUGAUAGACCCACGACACCUCCGCAGGGCUCAACGGCGACAUCUGGUGUCCCAGGUGUGCCCCCCUCUGCCUUUACCCCUACAUGUCAUUUUUCAGCCCAGUUGGGUCCUUUCUCUUGAUCCAUAUCCAUCUGCUACUUCGUUUGGCAGCAUCCGACAGCGAUUUGACAGUCCGCCGGAAGGCCUGACCUCUCACUCCCAUUCCUUUCAGAAGCUUGGUUGUGGACGUGGCAACGAAGCCUCUGCACCCAACUUCAACUAGGAGCACACAAGCACGCCAGCCGGCUGCUAUGUCCGGAUACCUCAGUUGUUUGUGCUCAUAUGCUUCACCAACUGCUGCUUCCCAUGGCACAGUUAAUUCAACAACGAACAGUGUUCUGGUAGGUUGACCACAAGACCAGGUCCGGCCUGAAGCUGUUUGUAAUGAUCUCAGGCGGGAAGAUUAGUUUCUGGUCUAAGUCAACCUGCAUUUUCCAGUCCCGGGGAGAGUCCAGAAGGGUUAGCUCCACUCUUGCAGAUGGUUUUGCUGGGAGUUGUCCUGGAGCGAACAGAGUGCUGAUUUAAUGACUAGGAAUUGGGGGAAGGGAGGGUCUUCAUAGGCGCCGAUCUACAUUUCUGCCAGUGGGUGCUCGAACUGGCGGUAAAUCUGACACUACUUUUCUGUGCAUGCGUGGUUUUGGCUUGGUGUUGAGAAAUAAUUUGCCAUCAAUCCCACGUGGGUGCUCGGCAUUGUCCGUGGGUCCUCAGGCCCUGAAGCACCCACGGGAUCGGCGCCUACGGCCUUGUUGGUAUUUUUUCCCUUUCUUCCAGGGUGAUUGCCAGUUGUCUUAGGUGUAGCGACCUUGAGACAAAACUGAUUUUGCAGCCGGUGAGAACGAGUGUUACAGGGGUUUGACAGAGUGCAAAAGAAGGCUCUUCUCCAAACCAUUGGUUUAAGUUCUUGGGUGUGGGAAGAACAUCGUGGGUAGCUCUGAUGAAGCUGAUUUGGCUCCCUUCCAUUUCCCAAAGUUCCUUCCAUGUGAGCUUACGAUGCUCCAGGUUUUCCCAGCUAGACCAUUGUCCCUGUUUGGACUGUGCCACUGCUGUUGCACAUCUGUCUGCCUCCUCUUGUUGCUGAACCUGAUCAACUAGCUUUCUCCCCUGGGCUGAUGUUGCCUGGUGCCAUGUAGGUCGACUAGCUCCAAGUCCAAACCCACCUCUUCCGUGCUGCACUAGUCCCACAAUGUCUCCAUGCCUGAGAAGAUUUAGCUUGCUGCACGGCAUCAUAUGGGAUCCAUUUCCUCCCAGUUGCUAGUCUGGGAGCAACCGCUUGGAUCACCUCAUCUUGAGACUCAAUCAGGGACAUGCUGAGUCUCACCUUGGUGCAUUUAACUCCGUGAGGCUAGAGAUGGGCAGUUCCAGGGCACCAUUAUCAUAUAGGCCGAUGCACCGCGGGAGGCCAAGCCAUUUCUUGACUGUUCUCUCCAGCUUCUCGACUUUGGUCAUGGGGAUCUCGUAGACUGUUAUUGGUUGGCUACAUCAAACGGGGGAGCAAUUCAAACUGUAGGCACCACAGUUUCAACUUGCCAGAAAGUAAGGUAUUGUCUAUGUGGACAAGACCUUUGAUGGUUUCUUUCCUCAGCUGAUCGAUCUGGUCCGAUUCUUUAAAGCUUACGUUGUACGAUCGCCCUAGACUCUUGACUGGCAGAAUACAACGAUUUGCAAAUCCUUUUCAACUUAUAUUCCAUUGAAUGGACUGCAAAGACAAGAUAUGUAAUGUUCGAACUGAGAAACAAAUUUUUUUUGCAAAUAAUCAAUGACAGCAACACUGUCAGGGGUCAGACAAGGAGG